AUGGCAGUCGACAAGAACAUCAAGGUACUUCUGGUCAUAGGAGAUUCUGAUCUACUGAUACAUCAAGUUCAAGUUGAAUGGACUACCAAGAAUAUCAAUAUCAUUUUGUACCUGCAAUACGUGAAAGAGUUGUGCAAUAAAUUCAUCAAGAUCGAAUUCAAAUAUAUUCAUAGAAUCCAAAAUGAGUUUGCCAAUGCUCUUGCAACCUUGUCAUCUAUGAUCCAACAUCCAAAUAAGAAUUACAUCGACCCUAUUGAGAUAGAGGUUCGGGAUCAACAUAUGUACUGUUUCCAUGUAGAUGAAGAGGCAGACGAUAAGCCGUGGUACUACUACAUCAAAAGGUUCCUUGAAACAAGAGAAUACCUAGAUAAUGCCACCCGUGGCAAAAAACGAGCAUUAAAAGGACUAGCAAAUCACGUUUUCCAUAACGAGGAAUUCUUGUACAUGAGGAUACCAAACUUGGGUUUGUUAAGGUGUGUAGAUGUCACUGAAGCGACUAGAUUACUAAAAGAAAUACAGGCAAGAACAUGCGGACCUCACAUGAAUGGUUUCACUUUGGCCAAGAAGAUUUUAAGAGCUGAAUACUUUUGGAUGACCAUGGAAAGUGAUAGUAUCCGUUACAUAUAG